GCUCGCCAGGGAGACUGCUGUUGCACCUAGUGCACCUCGAGAUCAACAACGAAUUCAUGCUGCCCUGUUUCCAUGCUUCGCGAUUGCCCUGUCGUCCUCGGGCUGUUAGUUUUGUCACCAGUGCCUGACGAGCCUGCGCCAAAAGACGGUGGACCUCGCAAAGCCUGUUCGUUCACCACAUCCGGGGCCAUUCCCACGUCCCAAGUAGUACUUACCUAAAGUCCCAACACCCCGUCCCUUCGUCAACUCCCGUCGUUCGUUCCAUUCAUUCCCGUCACUCGUUGCUCUGCACCCGACCCGACUUCCGUCGUCAACCACGCCCAACUUUUCAACCCGUCAUUCGUUACCUACCCAACAAACUGCCGACUUGCAACCAUCGCUGCACUCUAUCUGAGAGCGUUGCGCGCAAACCACAUUCGUUUUUGACAAUAAAAGACCAUAAUCGCCAAGAAAUUAAAAAGCAAAGUCUCGAUUGAAUCAAACUCCUUUUCUCGUGCACCCGGCAACCGUGACUCGCGAAAUUCUCGAUUGACGUCAAACCUUUAUCGCUCCCGAACCGCGCAAUUGAUCGAAAUCCACACUUUUGCUCACUACUUACGACUUGCUCUCCUCGGACAACCUUCAGCCAAUACAGCUUUCUUGCCCCGCUCUCCACCUCAUUCUUCGCCGGCGCCCUUUCGCUCUCCGUCCCUCAGGUCAUCAUAUCGCCCUCGUCCGCCGUCACAUUUAGGUCGAGUUCCAGGUCCCGUUCACGUCUCGUCAAAAUGACGGAGCCCAUAGCACACACGCCCUCCCCUCAACCCGACCUUAAUCGAAACCGACUUCCUACCCUGUUCGAGGUCCUCAGCAGGCGGACGCUUCCGCCCGUCGAUCUGUUCUCUUUCUAUAUCUAUAUGAGAGACCAGCAGCGCUCUGUUGACUACCUCGAUUUCUGGCUCGAUGUCGCCCAACACAUGUCACUAUGCCGUCACUAUGUUCGCGAAUUGCGGCGUUCCGUUCUUGUUGGUACGCCUGAGCCCGACCGAAGCUCCAAACGAUCAUCCGCCAUCCUUGAGAGCAUGGGAGAUUUGAACCCUGUCGCAGGACCGUCAAUGUGGGCGUCAGAGAAGGAGAAGGAUCAAGAUGCGCAAAUGUCUGCUUUUCUGCGCGAGGAUCGAUCGAUCACGCAGGAGUCUCCGCAAAGCAGCACCGACCGCCGUGGUCGUCCGAGCAACCUGAGCAACCAGCGCGAACUCACUACCGACUCGAAUUCCCCAGCGCAUGCCGUAGCGCGCGACGAUAUUAGAGCCUCGGCCGAGAAGAUUCUUUACACCUUUCUCCUUCCCGGCGCAGAACGCGAGAUCACUCUUCCUGGUUCCAUCACUUCGGAUGUCACAACUGCUAUCGAGGAUUAUGGACGCGAUGACCCGGAAGUGUUUGAUGUGGCUAAGGAUUAUGUGUUUCAGGCCAUGGAGAGGGACGCGUUCCCCGGCUUCCUUAGGAUGAAGGCCCUCGGAAACCUCAUCCCCCCCACAUUGAUGCUGCGCCUCAUGAUUGGUCUUGUGGCUAUGUUCGGUGGCUUCUGGACUGCCUUCACUUUGAUUUUCCUGAACGAAUCUCGCCAAACAAGGUGUUGGGUUAUCCUGCCUUUCACCAUUGGAGUUUACUGUCUUUGUUCAUAUCAGUACUCACUCGACCCCAUUCUCGCACUUGUCGGACUCAGUGAAUAUACCCCUUUCAACUUCUCCCGAGUUCGGGAGCCAUACGUCCGAAGACUCCUCGCUCAGAGAUCUAUGGUGGUUCUCGCCGUCACUGCUGUCGUAGACGCCGCGCUAUGCGUCUUGUUCAUUCUCGUACCGGGUAAACGACUAUGAUCUGGUACACACGAGAUCACGCGGUAAUGGGCGGUUUUCUUUUCGGCGUUUUGGUUUGCUUAAUUUAUUACCAUAAUACCCAUGGGAGCUAGGACGGCACGGAAAAUGGGACAAUUGGCUUCCCCUGUUCUCGACAAUGCCACGCCGUGUAAUUUUUUCUUUGUAAUGACGACGACCAGUUACCACUCUUAAUCCAGGCGUGGAUGUCGAUAAUCUGGUUUCAAUCUUCUUUUUCUAUUCAAUUGCCUUCUCAACCUACCAUUUUGUGUGCUAGCAUAAACGAGGGUGGGGUCAUACAAGGCCAUAUUUCUUCUCCACUACGACAACGAUGGCGGAAGCUGACGAAGAGUGUCUCUUAUUUCAUAUUUUCCUUGCGACGGGAAAAAGUGAUAUUUCUACUUGGGGGCAAAAGCGGGUUUCUUGUUUGUUACCUCCACGAACGUUAUGAGACAAAUGAAGCUUGCUGUUUUCACAUCAGUCAGACCAAACACUCUCCUACGAGAGUAGAGUGGCGCGAGGUGAAGGAACGAGCGGACGACGAUGGACGGCGCAACCACUUCGGUUUGGUUUGGGCGUUAUGGUCGGACGGGCUUCUUACUUUACUCCUGGGGCAAAGAAAGGCAUACUAGUCAUGGAAUGAAGGCUCGGAUCUGACCACGAGUCGUUUUCACUGUCUGGCACCUUCCCCCCCCCCCCCCCCCCGGAGGAUCUCUGUGUGAACCCAAAAGGUAACACCACUCGUGCGAGAGUGUGUUAUCUGUUUAUGUAUCGGAUUUCCAGACUAGAUGUGGGGGUCCGUAUUCUGGAUAGAUACACGAUCUUCGUUGUGACAGGAAACAGCCGAACACACAAUUGGCCAAUACCACACAAUAAGUGUUGGUUUUGUUUCAUUGUCACAGUCUGAAUACCAUUUUCACUACUAUCACCAC